AUGACGGGUUUCCCGGGCACUUGGGCGGCCGUUGAGCUUCUAACUGAAAACCCGUUGCUUCAGUCACCCGUCUUCUCCAAUUCUCCGCUUCAAGAAUCCUUGAAAGCCGCUAUUCUCGAGCAUCUCUGGCCGCUGCCCGCCGGCCUAGCUCCCCAGCAAAUAGUCACAGACCAAUUUUCAACAUACUUCACCCACUUCGAGCAAGAAUGUAGCCCUUCGUUAUCGUCGUACCACUCCAUCCGGUCCUUUAGCGACACCUUCACCAUCCUGGCCAUCAUAAGGGCGAAUCCUACCCUGAGCCUUGCCGACCUGCUGACCAUAAUCCGGGCUACCAACCCGGCCCUCGCCGCCGACGAGGAUAAACUCUUGGCCUCGAUCGAGUUCACCGUUCGUUUGUGGUUGAUGGUCAACGUCAGGACCACCAUGCCCGCGCAGCGACACGUCCUGGCGCUCUGCUUUCCGUGGCCCAAAACCCAGAGCCUGGUUGACAUCUCUACCGCUGAACGGUUCUCCGAUUCCUUGAAUGUAGUUGACAUGAGGAAGAUCGCCAAUAUCCGGGUCUUGUGGACAAAUGAUCUAGCAGAGCAUCUCACCAUGAGGGGGAAAUUUCUCUAUCUGUUUUCCCAGGUGGCGGUGUUGAAACGGAUAAGGAUGUCUGGUACCAGCAACAACCUCCUCCCGCCAGGUCUCCUGGACGAAACUGUCGAAACCCUCAAUCUUCUCAUCCCCCAGGGAAACCCGCCUUGCAACGUCUGGAUCUCGAAGGAGGUUUCAAGGCUCGGCCUAGAUCCACAACUCCAAUACCGCACAACUACCAAUCGGAGCACACGCGCCUACUCGUAUUGGCAAGGGAGGCUUCUGGACCUGUCGGAUGCUUUUGACAAGACGAAACCAACAGGGCCAAUCCAAUGGUGGCAUGACCGUCGAGAUAUGGGGCAGUGGUGGAAUUAUUGGCUUGUUGUGGUGGGGAUCACGCUGACUCUGUUAUUUGGUCUGAUACAAUCCAUCACGGGCAUCCUGCAGGUUGUGGGCGCAGGAGGGGGAAAGAAUUGA